AAACCAACCCACCAGGAAAAAAAAAAAAAAAAAAUCCUGCUGACAUCAUCUGGGAUGACGGGGCUGAUCCCGCUGCCGGCCCCCCCGCCGGAGCCCCACUAAUGCUCCGCUUCUCUCCCAGCACAGCCGCCUUCGUCCAGCCCAAGCCAAAGGUGCCGGCGGCCGAGCGGGGUGGCAGGCGGCCACCCAGGCCGGCCGGCCGGGCUCUGGCAUCGCCAUGCCCGGAGAAUCGGUGAAAACCGAAGGGUUGGGGGGAUUGGAGAAGGAAAACGGAAUGCCGGAGGGAUCGGAGGCAGCCCCCCCGCCGGCCACGAGCCCCCCGCCGAUGCCCGCCAAGGAGGAGGCUCGCCCGCAGCCCGAGGGGGCUAGCUGCGACCCCGGCCCCCCCGCCGCCGCUCCCCCCGGCGAGGCCUGCCGGCCCCCCCCGCCCGCGGACCCCCUGGACACCCGCAUCGUCAUGGGCGAGGAGACGCGCUCCCCCGCCGCCCCCGAGCUCCGGGGGGGUCCCCCCCCCCCCCCGCCCCGGGCAGACCCCCCCCCAGCCGCCAGCCUGGACCCCGACCUCUUCUUCACGGCUCCCUCCACCCCGAUCCGGGUCGGGGGGUCCCGGCUGCGCCCGCCCCCCCCCGAGGAGCAGACGGACGGGGAGAGCGAGGGGCUCUGCUCCCCCCCCACGUCCCCCUCCGGCUCCUACAUGACGGCCGAGGGGGGCAGCUGGGGCUCCUCCGGCACCGCCAGCACCUCGCCGUCCUGCUCCCCCAACCUGGCGGCCGAGGCCGAAGCCAUGGCGGCGGCCGAGGCCGAAGGCAUGGCCGAGGUCGAAACCGUGCCGGCGUCGCCCGCCGGCCUGGAGGAUCCCCCCGCCUUCGCCCCGCCGUCUCCCGAGGAGGAGGAGGAGGAUGAUGAAGAGGACGGACCCUUCGUUCCGCCGGGGGAUGAGGAGGAGGAGGAGGACGGACAGACGCCGGAGGAAGAGGAGGAUGAGGAAUGGGACGUGUCGGGGGGCGAGGGGCUGCCCGGCGCGGGCCUGAUCCCGGCGGCGCUGCUGCCCUUCCGCGGCAGCCUGCUCUUCCAGGCCGAGGCGGUGGAGAUCGCCCCGCUGCCCCACGGCGCGGCACCCCUGCCCCUCUCCGGUGAGGAGGAGGACGAGGAGGAGGAGGAGGACGAAGAAGAGGAGGAGGAAGAAGAAGAAGAGGAGGAGGAGGAGGGUGGCAGCACCUCAGCCUCCUUCCUGCGCUCGCUGUCGGAGACCUCCAUCACCGAGGGGGUGGACGAGUCCUUCGCCUUCCGCGACGACACCUCCGCCUCCUCCGACUCGGCCGCCUACGACGGCGAGGAGGACGAGCGGCUCUACGGCACCGAGCGCCACGCCGUGGGGGCUGAGGGGGGGUCCCCCGGCACCGCCACCGCUCCCCCCGGCACCGAUACCUCUGGGGAUGGUGGCAUCGAGCUCCACCUUCACGCCGGGACGGACCCGGUCGGCUCCGGCUCACCGGAGGGGUCCCCGCGGCGGCGGCGGCACGGCGAGGAGCCGGCGAGCGCGGUGCCCGGCGUGGAGGACGCCGGCGGGGAUGAUCUCAGCGCCGAGCAGAUGGAGCCGGGGACGCAGGAGCGGGAUGGCGGCGAGGCCCCCCCGGCACCCUCCGGAGAAGGUGGCGUGGAGCCAGACGGUGAGACCUUCCUCACCUCCUCAUCUUCCUCCUCGGAGAUGGAGGAGGCCUCAGCCCUGGAGCCUGAUGUCCUGUGGGAGCCGGACCCUGUCCUGGGGGGCUGUCCCCCACCGGAGCCCCCCCAGCUCCCAGAGGAGCCGGCAGUGAUGCCGGGUGCCGAGGAGGAGCCGGUGGUGAAGGAUGAUUCCGGUACGGCAGUGCUGGAAGAGGGGCCCGGCACGGAGCCGGCGGUGAGCCACGGCGUCCUGCAGCCCCCCGGCCUCUGCUCCGGGGAGCCCAGGGACCCCCAAACCGACGGGCCGGGGAGGGACGACAUGGCACCGGCCAACGGGGAGCCACAGGGUGGCCCUGGGAGUGACGGUGAUGAUGGUGACAGCGACGAUGAGCUUGGCACCGUGAGAGCAGGGAGCAACGAGCUGGCGGCCACCGAUGGCCCCGAUGAGCUGGAUGUCAUGGCCGCUGACCUGGCACCAUCAGUGACACCCAGCCCACCAAACGAGCCGGACACCGUGGGCAUCAACCCGGCACCGUCGGUGACAACCAGCCCGCUGGAUGAGCUGGACACAGCGGCCACCGACCCUGACCUGGUGCCAUCGGUGACGCCAAGCCCACCAAAUGAGCCGGACGUGGCAGCCGCCGACCUGGUGCCGUCGAUGACACCCAGCCCACCAGAUGAGCCAGACACGGUGGCCACUGACCCAGCGCCAUUGGUAACACCCAACCCAAAGGAUGAGACGGAUGUCGCAGCCACCGACCUUGACCCGGUGCCCUUGGUGACGCCCAGCCUGCCGGAUGAGCCGGACACGGUGGCCACCGACCCGGUGCCAUUGGUGAUGCCCAGCCUGUCAGAGGAGCCGGACACUGCAGCCGCCGACCCUGACCUGGUGCCAUCGGUGACGUCCAGCCCGCCGGAUGAGCCGGACACCGUGGCCACCGACCUGGUGCCGUUGGUGACGUCCAGCCCACUGGAUGAGCCGGACACCAUGGCGGCUGACCCGGUGCCAUCAGAGUUGCCUGAUGAGCCGGACACCGUGGCCACAGACAUGGUGCCAUUGGUGAUGCCCAGCCGGUUGGAUGAGCCGGACACCGUGGCCACCGACAUGGUGCCGUUGGUGAUGCCCCUCCUGCCAGAUGAGCCGGCCACUGUGGCCACCGACGCAGUGCCAUUGGUGAUGCCCGUCCUGCCAGAUGAGCUGGCCACUGUGGCCACCGACGCGGUGCCGUUGGUGACGCCCAGCCCGCCAGAUGAGCCAGACACCAUGGCCACCGACCUGGUGCCACUGGUGACGCCCAGCCCACCAGAUGAGCCGGUCACUGUGGCCACUGACGUGGCACCAUUGGUGACCUCCAGCCCACCAAAUGAGCCGGCCACCGCGGCCACCGACCUGGCACCGUUGGUGACACCCAGCCCGCCGGAUGAGCCGGAGAGCGCGGCCACCGACCCCGACCUGGCACCGUUGGUGACACCCAGCCCGCCGGAUGAGCCGGACAGCGCGGCCACCGACCCCGACCUGGCACCAUUGGUGACGCCCGGCCGGCCGGACGGCGUCGCAGCACCGUCCCCCCCACCGCAAGACGCGUCCCCUCGCGCUGCCGACGAGGAACCGGCGGACGGGGCGGCCUCGGCCGGCGAGUCCCCGGAGCCACCGGUGACCGCGUGUCCCUCGGCGCGGGGGACGAUGGCGCGUCCCCCCGGGGAUGUCGGCGAAGCCCCCGAGGAGUGGGACGCUGCCACCACCGCCUCCUCCGAGGAGUCGUCCCCGGAGCUGCUGGAGACCUCCCGCUCCCGCACCGACUCCAGCUUCUUCACCGCCCCCGAGGACAGUGCUGGGGAGGCGGCCGAGGAGGAGGAGGAGGAGGAUGCCGCCCGUCGCUGCCUGGCCCUCUGCCUGCCCGCCUCGCCCCCCGCCAUCCCCCCGUUGAUCUUCACCGCUUCGGAGCGGGAGGUGUACGUGGGGGCCCCCCCGGCCCCCCUUGAACUGCUCCAACCACCCGGUGCCUUUUCGGAGAGCGGGGCGGCCUGGCAGCGCCGGGAGGACCGGCAGCGGGUCACCGCCAUGUUACGGGGCUCCUUUGGGGAUCUGCCGGCCCCCCGCCUCCUCCCCAGGCCCCCGGAGCCCCCCGAGGUGCUGGCAGAGCCCCCCCGGAGCCCUCCCGGCGAUGGGGGGGCGGAGGAGCCCCCGACCCCCCAAGAGCCCCCGACCCCUCGGCCGGGCGACGAGCCCCUGAGCCAGACUGCUGGGGAAACCGAUGCCAAAGUCCUGGGGGAGAGUGGCCCCCCCAGCCCCCCCAGCGAGCCCCCGGCACCCCCCCGGCAGCAGGAGGAAGAGGAGGCGACGGCGGGGGCCCCCUCCGGCCCCCAGCCCGCUCCGGGUGCCGGCGAAGCGGAGGAUGCUCAGCCGGAGCCGGUUGGGGAAGCGGCUCCCCGAGCCCCCCCCGAGCCCCCCAGCCCGCCGCCGGCCCCCCGCCCUCCGCUCCCCAAAGUCAGCCAAGUGCCUCCUCUCGCCGUCGCGCCGUCGCCGUGCCCGGAUCCGGCCCGCGGCCCCCAGGACACCUCAGGGCUCCCCGCCGGCGAGGAGCGUCCGUCUGUCCUGCCGCCCUCCAGAAAGCACCUCGAGGCCCCCCAGCCCUCCCCACGCAAGGAGAAGGAGGCCCGAGGCAGGCAGGCAGGGACGGGCAGCGCGGGCAGCCGGGGACCCCCCCGGGGGUCCCUGCAGUCGGAGUCGAGCUCCUCCAGCGAGGCGGAGGCUCCGUACCCCUGCCCCGAAAUCCAGCGCCUGCGGGAAGCCGCCGGCAUCGCCCUGCGCCAGGACAAGCAGCCCCCGGCCCCCCGCCGCUGCGAGGCCAACCAUAAAGGGUCGUGUAACGAGUCGGAGAGUAACGACGAGUCCAUCCCUGAGCUGGAGGAGCCCGAAGGCUCGGAGCCGCAGCCGACGCAGACCCAGGCACAGCUCACCCACUCGCUGGGCACCGGGGAGGAGACUGUCAGCAAGGCGAAGCAGAGCCGGAGCGAGAAGAAAGCCAGGAAGGCCAUGUCCAAGCUGGGGCUGCGGCAGAUCCACGGCGUCACCCGCAUCACCAUCCGCAAGUCCAAGAACAUCCUCUUCGUCAUCACCAAACCCGACGUCUUCAAGAGCCCCGCGUCCGACAUCUACAUCGUCUUCGGGGAAGCCAAGAUCGAGGACCUGUCGCAGCAAGUGCACAAGGCGGCGGCGGAGAAGUUCAAGGUGCCGAUGGAGCACUCGCCCCUGAUCACGGAGACGGCCCCCACCCUCACCAUCAAGGAGGAGAGCGAGGAAGAGGAGGAGGUGGACGAGACGGGGCUGGAGGUGAGGGACAUCGAGCUGGUGAUGGCCCAGGCCAACGUCUCGCGCCCCAAAGCCGUGCGGGCGCUUCGGCACAACAACAACGACAUCGUCAACGCCAUCAUGGAGCUGACUAUGUAGCGGCCGGGGGUGUCCCGGCCCCCCUGUAUAGAUGCACAGUUACUCCCCCCCCCCGCCAUCCUUCCUCUAGACCCCCCCAUACUCCUCCUCUGCGUCUGUAACGCUCAAUAAAUGGCCUCAUGUAUCACUUGGAUCGCA